AUUAAUGAUGAGUGUACACGUGAUUUCCCGUGCAAAAAUGGAGGCGAGUGUGAAGAUACUCCUGAUGCCUAUAAAUGCGAUUGCUCAGGUACUGGAUACAUUGGAGUGGACUGUGAGACCGCUGAACCUGUCGAGGACGUCCUAACGCUCAACUGCUCCCGGUAUGAAGUGAACAACAUCACCACACAUUGGCGAAAUGCCAGACGAAGAUGUGUUAACAACGGCGGUGACUUGGCAAUGGUGACUUCACAGGAGAUCCAGAACCUCCUGAAGACUUACAUAUAUGACAAUAACAUACAAGUAGGUCUCAAAGGAUUCUGGAUCGGACUCAACGACCGUAGCAGGGAGGGAGUGUAUCGUUGGCCUGACGGCACCCGCUUAAGAAGCGGUGAUUUCAGCAGUUGGGCAAGGAGUCAACCGAAUAACAAUAGAAGAAGAUCGUAUCGCGGACAAGACUGUACUUUAAUGUGGCGUAGCAAGGGUCUGAAUUGGGCAGAUGACUAUUGUGGUGAUUACUACCCGAGAAACAGAAACAGCCUUGGGUAUAUUUGUGAAUUUAAUGCGUGCUGAGGAACUUGAAAAGUGAAUGAAAACCUAAUUCUGACGACCAUGCUUGUCCGCAAAUAUUAAUCGCAAAAUAAUUCAAUUUAUAUCCAAAUUUAUAUUAUAUUAAAAAUUAUAUUAAAGUAAUAGUUUA